AUGGAUGAUUUGAAGUUAUAUGCUAGAGGCAAAACACAACUAGAAAGAUUGAUGGAGCUGGUGAGAAAAUACAGUGAGGAUAUUGCGAUGACAUUCGGACUGGAGAAGUGUGCGACGGUUAAUGUGAAAAGGGGAAUAAUGGCGAGGGGGGAGGACUUGGUUCUGUCUGACGGACCGGAUGUGGCUGGAUUGAGAGCGGAGGACCGAUACAAAUACCUGGGUAUCCAACAGACCUUCGAGAUUAGACAGCGAGAAAAUAAGGACAACACUAAGGAAGAACUAUUUAGAAGAGUGAAAAAGGUGCUAAGAACCCAAUUAUCGGCUAAAAAUAAGAUAAUGGCAAUCAACAGCUGGGCCAUACCAACAUUCAAUUACACAGCAGGUAUACUAUCAUGGUCUAAGACUGAGCUGGAAGAAGUCGAUAGAAGCAUCCGGACCUUGUUGACCCAACAUGGUAUGUUGCACCCAAAUUCGGCGGUGGAACGAUUAUACUUACCCCGAAAAGAGGGCGGACGAGGAAUGACGAAUCUUGGAGGAGCAGCCCUAAAAGAAACAGAAAAAAUUAAUGAUUAUUUCCAAAAAUCAAACUUACCGAUUCAUCAGUGGGUUGCUUCAUGUGGCCGCGUCUCUGUCUCCCAAACAUCUAAUGGGGAAGCUCCUGGAAAUGAAAAUCAAUAUGAAAUACUCAGACAAUCUUGGAAAGCCAAACCUCUACAUGGAAGGUUUUACGUUAGCCUGCAUCAAUCGGAAGUCGAUCUACUGAGUACCCGCACUUACCUAACCCAGGGCUACCUGUUUCCUCAGACGGAGGGUACUCUGUUCGCCAUUCAGGACCAGGUUGUCCUGACACGGACAUAUGCCAAGCACAUAAUGAAGCAAGCUGUAGUCAACACCAAGUGCAGAUUGUGUAAUGGCGCGGAGGAGUCGGUACAACAUCUCUCGUCGGGGUGUUCGGCAAUCGUUGGCACCAAAUACCUGGCAAGACACAAUAACAUGGGGAAGGUUGUUCAUCAGAUGUUAUGUCUCCAAAAACAACUACUACAUCAAUUCACGCCGCAUCACCUAUACAACCCACAGACACUUAUGGAGAACGAACAUACAAAAAUAUAUUGGGACCUGACUGUCAUCACGGAUAGAGGUGUCGAGCAUAACAGACCGGACGUGGUGGUGUGGGAUAAAGUAGCAAAAACCGCACUCAUUAUAGACUUCGCAGUGCCUCAAGAUUACAACCUCGCUAGAGCGUACACCGAAAAAAUCACAAAAUAUGAGGCACUGGCGAAAAAAAUGAAGGACAUGUGGCAACUAAAAAGCGUGAACAUUAAACCUCUUAUCAUCAGCUCAAAUGGUCUCGUCCAUCGAAAAACGACCGAACAUCUUAAAGAACUGAACCUACCACAGAAUUCACUAAUGUGGAUGCAAAAAGCAGUAAUACUGGGCACAGUCAACAUAGUGCGACAGGUGCUUUAUCCGCAUUGA